GCCCGAGCGGUCCGACGCGGAGGAGGGCACCGAGGAGGAGGAGGAGGAGGAGGACCCGCCGCGCUUCGGCACGGACGAGCCGCCCCUGCGGAAAGGCCAGCGCGGGUCGUCGCAGCCGCCGCUCAGGCCGUCGUCGGAGAAGACGGCGCCGCCUCGCUCUGGCGCGGCCAGGGCGCGGCCGCGGGCGCUCCAGCGCGGGUCGUUGCAGCCGCCGCCCGAGCGGUCCGACGCGGAGGAGGGCACCGAGGAGGAGGAGGAGGAGGAGGAGGACCCGCCGCGCUUCGGCACGGACGAGCCGCCCCCGCGGAAAGGCCAGCGCGGGUCGUCGCAGUCGCCGCUCGGGCCGUCGUCGGAGAAGACGGCGCCGCCUCGCUCCGGCGCGGCCAGGGCGCGGCCGCGGGCGCUCCAGCGCGGGUCGUUGCAGCCGCCGCCCGAGCGGUCCGACGCGGAGGGCACCGACGACGAGGACGCGCCGCGCUUCGGUGCUGACGAGCCGCGCCAGCGGAAAGGCCAGCGCGGGUCGUCGCCGCAGCCGCCGCUCAGGCCGUCGUCGAAGACGGCUGACUUGCCUCGCUCCGGCGCGGCCAGGCAGCAGCUCCAGGCCGUCCAGCGCGGGUCGUUGCAGCAGCCGCCCGAGCCUUCCGACGUGGAGGAGGAGGGCACCGACGACUCCGACGACGAGGACCCGCUGCGCUUCGGCACGGACGAGCCGCCCAUGCGGAAAGGCCAGCGCGGGUCGCCGCAGCCGCCGCUCAGGCCGUCGUCGGAGAAGACGGCGCCGCCUCGCUCCGGCGCGGCCAGGGCGCGGCCGCGGGCGCUCCAGCGCGGGUCGUUGCAGCCGCCGCCCGAGCCGUCAGACGUGGAGGAGGGCACCGACGAGGACCCGCUGGGCUUCGGUUCGGACGAGCCGCGCCGGCCAGAGGGCCAGCGCGGGCCGCCGCCGCCGCAGCGCUUCGCCAGGGACGAGCCGCGCCAGCGGGCUGGCAGGCGCGAGUCGUUGCAGCCGCCAUCCGAGCCGCCGUCGGAGGAGGGCAGCGACGGGGACGCGGAGCUGCCGUGGCCCGCCGCGGCACGCGGUGCCUGCCCUGGUGCGGAGGAGCUGCACAGGUGGGCACGGCAGCGCGGGUCGCACUGGUCGCCAGCGGAGCAGGCCGCACCGACCGCCUCCUCGCCGGAGUUGGAGAGGGCUAUCGCGGUUCGCAGGGCGUGGCGCUGCCAGGGGCAGCCGAGGUCCAGCGCGGACCUGAGGCGGAGGCUGUUCACCUCCCCGAGCCUCGAGUCGCUGGCCCGCGACCUGCGGCUGCGGCGCGAGUUCGCGGACCAGGGCGCGCAGGCGCCGAGGGCGGCCAGCCCGCGCGGCGGCAGCCCUGGAGGGGAGAUGCGCGCCCUCGCCGCCCUGCGAGAGGCCGAGCGGGCGCGGCAGUGCCAGGGGCUGCAGCAUGAGUUGGCUCAAGAGGGGGCCGAGCUAGAGCUGGCCGAGCUGCUCGAGCAUCAGCGGCGAGCGCAUGCGUUCGAGCUCGAGGCCGAGCGCCUGCAGAGGCAGCGCGAGGUGGGUGCGCUCAAGGACGCCCUGGAGUUGGAGCGCCAGAGGCAGCUGGAGGCAUCCCGGGACCUGGAGCGAUCCCGGGACUCCGAGUGGGAGUCUCGCCGCAGGGACCAGUUCUACCGGACCGAGCUCGCCAUCGAGCGCGCCAAGGUCUCGGAGGAGAAGGCGAGGGCUCGCGUGCUGGAGCAGCUGCUGCUUGCGGCCGGCGGCUCGGCACCCGGGCAGACUCGGCCGCCUCCGCAGGGCCCGGGGCGCGCCUGGGCCCGCGAGCUGCCCGAGGCCUCGCGGACGACGACGGCGGCCUCGCGCCGGACAGCAGCGGGC